CCGCCGGUGAAAUAUUUAAAUACCGCGUUCACUGUGUGGACGCGAUAAUCAAAGUACCGCCGCCGAGGCUGUAGUUGGGCCUUUUCCCGUUUCGCGAGCGGAACCGGAGCGGCGGCGGCGCCCCCGCCGCGCGGCCGCGGUGCUGCGGCCGCUGCCAAGUCGGUUUGAAAAGAGCAGACAAAGGCUUUGAGCCCAGGACGCCCCUCUCUCUCUCUCCCUCUGCCUACAAAGCCAAGCUGGCUCUCUCUCCUCCGCUUCUUUCUCCCACAGAAAUGUUUCUAAUAGGCGGCGCGAAGAGUGUUGCUCCGAUUUUGACUUUCUCGCACUGAAAUGCACGACCGUUUGGAUCCCCGCACGUCCGGGAGAGGAAGGCUUUUUGUGGGUUUAAUACGAGGAAGCGUCGUCUGAGAGAGGGAGAGAGGGGGAAGGUUUGACGCUUUUUCCUCCUCUCCUCCUCCUUCCUUUCGCCCCCCUCUCCUCCUCUUUUUUGGCGGAGAGAGGGGCCGAGGCACGAAAAGACGCCUUUUUUUUGUUUUUUUUCCCCUUCUUUUUGAUUUUUUAAUGUAUUUGAAUUCUACUGCGCAACCGGAUCGCAUCACGUGGGGGAGAGUCAGAGAGUUGGAUCGAUUCUGCACAGUUCAAUGUGAGAGAAGCAGAGAAGCAAACAACUCCUAUUGCUUUUCCUACUUCUGUGGAUCCGCGGACCGUUUUGCAUGGUUGCGAGAGGAGAGGCUGCUUUGAAUGUUUCCUCCUUCUUCAGCCCCGGAGGUGCGGAGUAUUAAUUUUUAUAUGCCUGGGCUUUGAAAAACAAUGGAGACGCACAUUUCGUGCCUCUUCCCGGAAAUUUUGGCCAUGAUUUUCAGCUAUCUGGAUGUGAGGGACAAAGGCAGGGUGGCCCAAGUGUGCCUGGCGUGGAGGGACGCGUCCUACCACAAGUCUGUGUGGAGGGGGGUGGAAGCCAAGCUGCACCUCCGCCGGGCCAACCCCUCGCUGUUCCCCAGCCUCCAGGCCAGGGGCAUCCGGAGGGUCCAGAUCCUGUCCCUGCGCCGCAGCCUGAGCUACGUGAUCCAGGGCAUGCCCAACAUCGAGUCCCUCAACCUGUCCGGCUGCUACAACCUCACCGACAACGGCCUCGGCCACGCGUUCGUGCAGGAGAUCCCGUCGCUGAGGGUUCUCAACCUGAGCUUGUGCAAACAGAUCACAGACUCCAGCCUGGGCAGGAUAGCCCAGUACCUGAAGAACCUGGAGGUGCUGGAGCUCGGCGGCUGCAGCAACAUCACCAACACCGGGCUGCUGCUGAUAGCGUGGGGCCUCCACCGGCUCAAGAGCCUCAACCUGAGGUCCUGCAGGCACGUGUCGGACGUGGGCAUCGGACACCUGGCGGGCAUGACCCGCAGCGCGGCCGAGGGCUGCCUCAACCUGGAGUACCUGACCCUGCAGGACUGUCAGAAACUCACGGACCUGUCGCUCAAACACAUUUCCAAGGGGCUGGCCAAGCUGCGGGUGCUGAACCUGAGCUUCUGUGGGGGCAUCUCGGACGCGGGCAUGAUCCACCUCUCCCACAUGGCCUCCCUGUGGAGCCUCAACCUGCGCUCGUGCGACAACAUCAGCGACACGGGGACCAUGCACCUGGCCAUGGGCACGCUGAGGCUGUCCGGACUCGACGUCUCCUUCUGCGACAAGAUAGGGGACCAGAGCCUGGCGUACAUCGCCCAGGGGCUGUACCAGCUCAAGUCCCUGUCCCUGUGCUCGUGCCACAUCUCGGACGACGGGAUAAACCGCAUGGUGAGGCAGAUGCACGAGCUGAGGACCCUGAACAUUGGACAGUGCGUGCGCAUCACGGACAAAGGGCUGGAGCUCAUAGCCGACCACCUGACCCAGCUGGCGGGCAUCGACCUGUAUGGAUGUACCAAGAUCACCAAGAGGGGACUGGAGAGGAUCACACAGCUCCCCUGCCUUAAAGUGUUGAACCUGGGACUCUGGCAGAUGACAGAGAGUGAGAAAGUGAGGUGAUUGGGGAUGUUCUGUCUUGUUUUGCUGUUCCUGUUUCUUUGGGAUGGGGACAGAGGGGGACGUGCACACGGAGCAUGAGAGGGGAGGUGGACGCUCGUGUCUUUUCUUAUUUAAAAAGAGAGAAGCGCUUCACUUCCCCUCCUCUGUAACGCGUGCUUCUUCCAUGUUUGAAUGUGUUUAUUUUUCUUUCUGCAGAAUUUAAAAUAGCGUUGGACAUGACUUAAUAGUCUGCCUGGUAGGAAGCAAUUAAAACUUACAUUUGUUAUGAGCUCAUGAAAUCCCUGUUAGCUGUUAUUUUAAUCUCAUAUUGAGUUUUAAUGUCUCGUAAAUUCUGACACCGGACUGGAACAACUAAGCAUAUUGCUCACAUGUAGUUAAAAAACCCGAGUGUCAUUAUCCUCUCGCUGGUAGAAUAUUCAGCUCCGUUCCGGCUGCGGACACUUGCUUCCAGAAAACUCUUGAAACGCGAUGGAACCCGGAUCCACGCAGAGUCCCCUUUUUCGUGUGAGGCUUUUAAACAAAAACUUGAGAAUGAGACUUUUAUUUUGACAGCGAGUGUGGAUUUGAGACAUUCUGGCUGAGACUAAUCUUCGCUACAGCCAUCACGCCUAAAAACAUUUGGCUACCUCGUAUGUGGUUGUUUUCAAAGGGUGUAUACUGUUAAAAAAAAAAAAAGAAA